UUGUUCGAAGUUUCUCCAGUCCUGCCCAACCCCGAUGUCAGGAAGAAUGUGUCCCACCUGCCUCCUGCAGCAAAAUGGUCCCAAAUAAACACACAGAAGCUCACAUUACUUACAAACUGUAUGGCCAAUGGCUUAAGUUUCAGGCUAGCUAGCUCUAUCAUCUUAAAUUAACCCAAUUCUAUUCAUCUGUGUUUUCCCACAUGGCUGCUACAUUGCCAGGCUGCUGGCAUUUUGCUCCUUGGGUGGCAGCUGGCAUCUCCUCCACCUCUUCCUUUCUUCUCUGUCUCUCCUGGAUUUUCCUGCCUGGCUCCUUCCUGCUGUGCCAUAGGCCAAAGCAGCUUAUUUUUUAAGCAAUGGGAGCAAUACAUAUUCACGGCAUACAGAAAGACAUCCUACAGCAUCUUCUUCCCUUCUCCACCUUUGAACCAAAUUGAGGGCUGUGGUUCUAGUCAGUUUACCUCUUAGCAAGCAGCCUGCCUUACAGCUGUUGAACUUGUGCCUCCUAGACUGAAUUCUCCUAAGUAUGAAGAGUCUGAGAGGCCCUUCCAACUUUUUCCGGUCAGCUUCUGGAAUUUCUAGACAGAAAACACAGUUUGCACCAUGAAUGGUUUCUGUGGUGCAGGCAUGAGAUUACACAGCUGGUUUCUAUGGGACACAUGGAUGGAAUGUAUUCCCGAUGGGUCUUCUGUCUCCCUCAGGGCAUGGUUUCCCUCUACCUCCUCAUGGUUUUCCAAUACUGUGAACAGUUAAGUACCAGGGUGUGUGUUUGCGGGAGGCAGCAGAUCGAGUCUUCAGAGGUACCUGGAUCCCUUUUGCUGUCAGGGUCUUCAGAAGUAGUGUAAAUCUUUCUGGAAUUUGGCUAUUCUCUGCCUUUGGCCUGCACAUGAGUGAUGCUGGCAUAGCUAACAGCCCAGGGCUGUUGUGGAAGGGAACAUAGGACCUUGUAGGAAUCAUGGUAUUAGGAGGCAGGAGUGGCAGUUGGAGGCAGAGCUCAUCAUUUUUGGUGAUAUUUCAGCACCUCUACAGUCAGCACCUGAGUGAACAGACUCAGCUGAAGGAAAAAGUGAGAAUGUUGCUAGAGGACAAGAAAAAGCUGCAGGGGGAGCAGAUUUUACUACAAGAGUCCUGUGAGGAGGCAAAGAGGCUCUGUGAAGAGGCCCAUGAGAAGAUCUAUGACCUCUGGACAUGGCAGCUGCAGGAACAUCAAAGACUUGAGGAAAAUCUUCAGUCCCUGCUGAAGCAGAAGGAGCUGCUCACCCGGCAAAGGGACUUGGCAGUAAAGCUGCAGCAUCACUUCACUGUGUCCCAGAUGAGGUUUGAAAACCUCCAGCAGGAACUGGAGCAGACCACAGCCCAGGGAGAGAGCCUCCUGCAGAUGGAGCUGCUGGGGCAGAAACACUAUGUUCCAGAAAACUGAGAAGGCUGGAAGAAGCCAGAGACACCUUGAAGGCAUGACAUUCUACAUUCCAGGUUCACGGCCUCCUCAGAAAAUACCACCUCUUUUAAGCUGUGAACUCACUAGUGAGGCAAAUAUCAACCUACCAUCAGGCAAUCCAGCCACAAUCUGAUCUACAUGCAUUGACUCACUAUUCCCAGACAAAAGAUUGUAUCAGAAAUAGCCUGAGAUUCAGAGGACAUAUCACAAAUUACUAAGACCCCUGACAUCCAUCAGCAUGUGGCCCCAGUGAGGGGCAAAACAACAUGGAGAGGACAGGUGGGUGAGCAAGAGUUCUUCUGUCAACUUACUAUCAAGGGCUUUGACAAGCUGAUUCCAUAUGUGAUGGAAAUCUGAAAAGGAAGACUGUGUUAACAUCACACUGCCAUCCAGACAGACCACACCAAAGCAUAAGAUUCUCUCUAGUGCAGUGCUGAAGUUGACGCCAUGUCAUGUGCAAGUGUUGCUGAAGAUCAUUCACUGCAGAGAAUAAGACAGUUCCUCACCUCAUUUGCUCUUCCAUAAUGAAAUUCCAAAGGAUCCUGAAAUUUGCUUAAUUUUCUUGUUAUAUGUUGGGAUAUUUAUGCUUUGGAUUUUGGUUUUCUUCAUUUUGGUUUAAGGUUUUGUUAAUUGUUGUUAUUUCUUUUAUUCUUGUCACUAUUUUAAAAGUUUGCUAAGGCUAUACAUUGUAUAUAAGGAAUGCUGUUUGGAAUGCCUCCAUUGAGUAAAAUGAAUAUAUUUUUA